AUGUAUAAUCGGCAUGCGCGAACGCUUGGGCGGGGAGGGCCUGUUACUCGUGAGAUGAUGAGAGCAACGGAUGGGAUUGCGGCUUCCUUGAGGCAGUUUUCUAGCAGUGCUUCUUGGGGUGCUGAGGGUGGAGGUUCGUGUUUCCACUUGAUCCGCGCUGGAUUGAAAUCAAUUGGUGGUAUAGAACUAAUUGGAGACUUAGCAGAUGGAGCUCCUCCGCCGUCAAGGACAGAAAGGUCGCAAGAGGCAUUUAAACAGGUCUCAUCUCUGGCAAGACCAACACGCGGUAUUGAUGCUCGUUCUUUGGCUGCUAAACCUCCUGGAUCCUUCACGAUUUCAAGAACGCCUGUAGACGGUCCAAGGCAAGGACCACCAGGGGGCGCACGACCUCAAUUUCAGAUCCAGACAAAUCGAGAUGGAGCUCGGGGUCCACCGCGACAGAAUAUGAGGGGAGGAGGAGCAGCUGGAAGAGGCAGGGGAGGAGCUGGGAGAGGUGGAAUGGCUAGUAGAGGUGGGAGAGCUAGUGCUGCUGCGACUAGGAGGUUGAAUAAUAGGCAGAGGAAAGAGGAAGAGGAAAGCAUGAUUGAAGAACCGUAUAACGAAGAGGAAAAAGCAUACCUGAAGCAAUCUGAGUGUGGAUUCGAGUCACCAUACCAGCCUAUCACUUCUGCAGAAGAUCUACAGCUUCUAGCAACGCCUACAAUUUCAAGUUCCCAAGGUCUCAACUCAACAUUACAAUACAAGCUUGCUGUAGCUUCUGGAAACCCUCUAGGAAACUACUCACAUGCCUCGAAACAUCUGGCUACCAUGUACAAAGGAACCGGCCUUACAUUCUUCGAAGAUCCAGAGCAGAAGGGUAUCGCACAAGCGUUUGCGAAGCAGAAGAAGGUUGAGUAUAAUGGCAUGUAUGCUCAUAGACAUGGAAAACACAUUGAGAGUUUGAACGAGGAAACGAGGACGAAGCUUGCAAAUGUAUGGAUAGCGGGACAUUAUGAGAAGCCCGUGGCGCCGAAGACUGAGGGAGAUGUUUUGGGUCAGGUUGGGAAUUUUUUGAGGAGGAAUGAGACGUAUCUCCCUGAGGAUGUGAGGAAGUUGGAGGCUAAACUUGGGGCGUUGCUGCCUCCGGGACAGAAAGCUCAGAGUCAGCCUUCAGUGUAG